CAACAAAAAAGCAAAAUUUGCUGGUAAUGUUUAUUGUUGUUUAAUUUUUUCGCUGGUCGGCAGGCCGUUUAAUCGCGUUGUUCAUAUAGAUUAUAACAUACAUAUCCUGAAAUUGUUUAAUGAAUGUGUCCCAUAAUUUACAAAUACUAUAGCAAUGUCUAACAUAGAGCAAUACAGAGUUUUUACAAAAAUUCUACAUGAUGAAGAGCAAAGAUCACAAGCUUUAAAUGACAUUAUAAACUUGUUGAAUUUUACUUCGCCUGCUGAAGCUGCACUUGUAAUACAAAACGUUGGAAUAUGUAAAAUAUUGCAGUGUCUUAAUGCCACUGAUAAAACACACGUCGAGCUUUCGUGUGAAGUAUUAAAGAAAUGUUUUGAAAUAAUUGAACCUGCUGAUGUGAUACGACAGUAUAUUACAUAUCUUAUGUAUUUACUGAGGCAUGAAAAGGUUUCUGUAAGACAAGUUGCAGUUGAAGUGGUCUACAAAAUACUAAUGACAAAUUCCUCUGCAAUAUCUGUACCUCAACAUAUUGAUAUUUUUGUUGCUGUAGCACAAAUGGUGUGUGAUAGAGAUGUGGCCAUUGCAAAUAAAGCAGUUCUCAUUACAUCUAAUCUCCCUGAGGAUGCAUAUCCUAAAGUAUUAGAGGAAAUGCGGAUAGCAUUUAAUUGCAACACAAGCAGUAAAUGUAAUGCUUUUGAGAUUGUUGUAAAUAUUUCAUCUAAGUCACCUGAUCUGUUCAAGCUAUGUAUGGAUCAGGGUUACAUAAAUUUUAUGGUAUCAGAACUUCAGUCUGAUGAUAUACUUUAUCAAAUGAAUAUCUUAGAAUUAUUAUCGCAAUUGGCUAGAACACCUUAUGGUAUGAAUUAUUUAAUAGAAAAUGGUUCAUUUAAGCAAAUGGUACAGCAAUUACAAGAUCUUCGAAACAAUCCUUUGGGUGGUCUUUUGAUGACAGGUUAUAUCAAAUUUUUUGGCACAGUAACUUAUCAAUAUUCUAAAGAAAUUAUAAAUGAGUAUCCUGUGUUGGUGGAAACAUUACUUGAAGGUUUUGACUCCAAUGAUCAAACAAUUAUUCCUGUUGUAUUGGAUACCUUUGGCAUUAUAGGAAGCACAAUUGAGGGAAAACUUUGUUUGGCUGCAUUUGGAAGUAAAUUUACUCAAGCUGUUGAGAAGGUUGGAGAAAUGAUUAGAAACAGUCCAACGGAUAUAAAAGUGCGCGCUCUUAUAUGUUUUUCGCAUUUAAUAAGUGUUGAACAGGAUUCUCAAUCAAAAACUAAACCCAUAGACCAUAGAGUUACGUUAAUGACCCGCGAAUGGUUUCGAAGCUUGAGUAAACAACCUGCAUCAAUAGAGACUUUAUUUGGUGUGUGUCAAAAUCCAUUCCCUGAUAUUCGGUUCUCUGCGUUUACUUUAUUAGACGCAGUGUGUCAACAUAAGUGGGGUGAAGAUUUGGUAGCAAACUGUGCAGGUUUCAUUGAAUUUCUCCUCGAUCGAACUCUUGAUUAUAAGAAGCAAUUGAUGGAACUAAAAUAUGACAUCAUCAAGCGACUAUCCAAAUCAACAGCAUUUGAAGCUAACACUCUGAUGAGACUCCAGACAUAUGUUGACCAAGGUCCGUUUUAUUCUGAGACUAUAAUGCAAGUGGCGAUGGAAGAGGGGGAUUAGUUUGAAAAGGCUUGAAGAGAUUUUUUUGGAUUCGUAAUUAUUAUUUCUGUUAACAGAAUGUUUAUGUUUAUUUAAUAUAUUACAUACUUUGA